UUGAGUAUUGAUGCUCUAAACAUUUCUCAGUUGAAAUUUUAUUUUUUGCAGUUUAAAGAUGCGGGAAGAACAUGAAGAGGAACGUGAGGUGCUUCAGUCCAUAUACGAAGGGGACAGUAAUUUUUCAAUGAUUAAUGAAACCACUUUUCAGUAUAAGUAUGGUGAUGAAGGAGAAAACAGAUCUUUCCUUGUAGAAAUUAGUUGGGGUGCAGACUACCCAGAUGUUGCACCAUCUAUUAAUCUGGAUCUGUUUUAUAAUAAACACAUUGUAAGUCCUGUUAAGGAGAAGAUCCUUUCAGGUUUGAAAGAACAAGCAGAGAUUAACUUGGGCAUGAGCAUGACGUUUACUCUGUUUGAGUGGCUAAAAGAAGCCAAGGAAGAACUCUUGGAGGAACAGCCAUUAGAAGCUCCUGUCAGUCGCAUUGCAGAGAUUAAUGCUGAUGUCAGUCAAAUGACAUUAAAUGAUGACCAAGGAGAUGGCAAGAAAGACAAAAAGGAACAGCUGACAAAGGCACAGAAGAGGCGAAUGUGGGACAGACAGAACGCAGCUGGUGAGAGAGCUCGUGGCUACAACUGGGUCGACAUCAUCAAACACCUCUCGCAGACCGGGGGCUCCAAAAACGAUGGAUAGCAUUUAUUGAUAUUAUUAAAAUUAUUACCUUUACGUUUUAGAUGACUGCCUAAGAUGAAAAUUUGCUUGGGUGGUCUUGAAGGAGGAAGUAUUAUUUUCUAAUAAACCUGUUAUUUUUACUACGUGCAUGAAGGUCUUGUUUAAAUAUAGAUAGGUAAACAUAUGCACUUUUCACAUUGAUGAUUUAUCGGAGUCACACUGUCUGCCAAGUUUGGUUUGUUUUUUUAAUGUUAUUGAUCCUACAGUUUUGUAUGCAGAUUUAUGCUGUAAAAUUAAUAGUCUAAUCUGUAUAAAGGAAUUUGUAAAAUAG